UAGGAAGACGUGAUUUUCAAAGCUAAUUAUGAAAACAUUUACCAUUGGAAUCAGUGGUUCUCAAAGACCCUGAGUUCUGUCCACAGACAGGCUGAAGGUGCCUAAGCCCCAGGUUAAAACGCCCUUUGAGUGAAUGACUGGAUAGAGAAGUGCCUCCUGGGUGUGCUGCUGGAUGCUGGGAAGGUAGACAUACAGAGGAGUUCGCUGCCCAUUCUCAGUCCAGCCAGGAGGGACAAAUAACUGACCUGAUGUGACAACCUACAAAGAACCCCCCCACCUACCCCACAAGGUGAAGAGAGAUGGGGAAAAGGAGGCAUCACAGAGAAGGGAUUUCAUGUGUGACAAAUGGUGGGAAGACAACACUGGCUAAGAAUUUGCAGAAACGCCUUCCAAAUUGCAGUGUCAUAUCUCAGGAUGACUUCUUCAAGCCACAGUCUGAGAUAGAGAUAGAUGAAAAUGGAUUUUUGCAGUAUGAUGUGCUUGAAGCACUUAACAUGGAAAAGAUGAUGUCAGCCAUUUCCUGCUGGAUGGAAAAUCCAAGACACUCUGUGAUAUCAACAGACUGGGGAAAUGCUGAGGAAACUCUCAUUCUAAUCAUCGAAGGUUUUCUUCUCUUUAAUUAUAAGCCCCUUGCCACUAUAUGGAAUAGAAGCUAUUUUCUGACCAUUCCAUAUGAAGAAUGUAAGAGGAGGAGGAGUACAAGGGUCUACAAUCCUCCAGACCCCCCAGGGUACUUGGACGGCCACGUGUGGCCCAUGUAUCUAAAGCACAGACGAGAAAUGGAGGAGAACGUCACGUGGGAAAUUGUUUACCUAGAUGGAAUGAAAUCUGAAGAAGACCUCUUUUCACAAGUAUAUGAAGAUAUAAUGCAAGAACUAGCAAAGCAAAAGUGUUUGCAAGUAACAGCGUAAAGAUGGAAUGCAACAAAUCCUUCCUGGAGUGAUUUAGAGAAAUCGAAGGAAUAUGUUUAAGAACCUAAACCAAAAUACAAUAUGUACUGUGGUGCGAUGACAGCUAUUGUUUUAUAUGUUUGUUUCUUAUUGCACAUGGUUUUCUCGAUGUGUAGAACAGUAAAUAUCCCUGCCAAUGGACAGGAAUUGACCUUAACAAGUUGCCCCCAUUCCAGGAAAUGCGUAGAUACAGCAUAGCUCACAGUGAGUCAGAAAGUCUUCACUUUCUGGAUGUAGCUCUAUAAUAAUGAUUGUCAAACUCUUCUGACUAGAACCCAGAGUAAGAAAUAAAGAUUACAUCACAAUCCA